AAGUUCAUAGUAAAAAUGAUUCUAUGUUAUUGAAAAAUAUAGCUGUAUCUGUAAAUUCCAAUUUAGUCACUGUCAUGGGUGACCUAUUUGCUGAUUAUGAAAAUGACUUUGCAGUAUUGAGUGCAGAUAUUGUCGCCAAGACAAAUAAGACACCCAAUGUGCAUGGUGAAGAGAAGAGAAUCUUAAUAAACGAGGUUGAACAAAAGUUUGAUGAUGCACAAGAAUUGUUGGAACAAAUGGAUCUUGAGGUUCGAGGUAUGUCUGGUGAGACGAAAGCUAAAUUUGGAACGAAGCUCAAAUCUUAUAAAGACGAAAUCAGAAACUUGGAGAUAAACUUUAAAAAAGCAAAGAUUGCUUUGACAGACUAUGAGCAUGCACGUAGUGAAUUACUGAGUGGUGAAGAUGGGGCACAUUCUGAAGACCAGAGGUCAAGACUGUUGGAAAAUAAUGAGCGACUCGAAAGAACAAACAGACGUUUAGAUGAAGGAUACAAAGUUUGUAUCGAGACAGAGGAGAUUGGUGAGGAGAUUUUAACAAAUUUGGGAAGAGAUCGAGAAACGAUGACGAAAACGAGGGAUCGACUUCGAAAUACCAACGCAGAUCUUACAAAAAGUUCUCGUAUACUCACGACAAUGAUGAAAAGGGUUGUUCAAAACCGCAUCUUGCUCUUCUUCGUCUGUCUAUGUAUAAUAUCCGUUAUCUGUGUCGUUAUUUAUUACGCUGCUAAAAAGAAUCCAUGAACACGAGAAUUUCGUGUGGACCGAACAUCACGAAAUGGUGGCAACGCGAGAAUUUCGUGUGGACCGAACACCACGAAAGGGUGGCAACUCCUAAAAUAUCCGUGACAUUUAAAAAGAAAAGCUUAAAAAAGUGACAAUUUUUGCAAAAAAGUCGUAAAAACAGAAAGUAAACGUUUUAUUUAUGCUUUUUUGGUCUAAAAGUUUUCGUGCCACCCUAUCGUAAGUGCAGCCGUCUAUUUGUAUAUAUUUUAUUUCAAUAACGCCUGUGGGCAUUUUUAUAACUUAUACUGUUCUGGUUCUUAUAUCGUAUUUUCGUUACUAGGAAUUUGUAUGUAUACUGUAGUGAAUUUUCCUGUUAGUUUUGCCUUAUUGUAGAUUUAGACCAUUCUCCUAUUGCCGUAUUAAAAAUGUUUUUUUUUUCUUUUUAAAAUUACAGCCCUUGUUUAAAAAAAACAGUCAGAUAGAUUUAUGUAAACCCAUUUUGUAGAACACUUAGGAAUGAAAAUGCAAAUCAAGAAGGUCUUUAUACAAAAUCCAUAAUUUGACUGACCUUUUGUUUGUAAAAUUAUUUUGUCAAUAAACCCCCCACAGACGAUCUAAACUAAUUACGCAUCAGAUGAACAAAAAGAGUAUGGUAUUUGUUGUGAAGCCUGUUCUAAAAUUUGUUGGGAAGUAAAACCAUUGAGCUACAAAAAUUCUUCGUUGUUCGGAUCAAGAUUUGCCCUAGGUUUUUUUGUCACAUGGUAACAUAGAGCUUGCAGAUUUGAAUCUCGUUGUGUAAUAAAAGAAACAUUUCUAAAAAUUUAUAAAGUCAUAGCAUGCUUCUCAGCAGAAAACCUGUCCAUUCAGCAAUUUACGUUUUUAAACAUUUUGUGAUUUGACAGUAGAAGGUACCAAUAAUCUCAGUCAAAAGUUUCUUGCGAACCUGUUUCUUCUAACAAGGCCAACGUGUAUGUCCUGUUUUAUUAUACCGAUGAAUAUCUAUAUUAUAAUGCCCGUAUACGUCUGUCCGUCCGUCCGUCCGUCCGUUUGUCUGUCACGCAAAAUGGUAGCUUAGCUGCGACGGGCGAACCCGUGGAUUUUUCCACGGGCUAACGACUAGUAUAUUUAUAUUUAUUAGCAGUUUUGUUUUUCAAAUGUUAAAUUUUGAUUCCAAGCGUGUGUUUUAUACGCGCUUGUAAAACAUGUACUCGAAGAAUAAUAAUGAAGCCCCAACGA